UGUGGACCGACACUUAUACGUCGAUCGACUGCGAUGUAUUGAACGCAGUAAAGAAAACAAUAAAAAAAGUAAAAUGUGAGUGAAUUUAAAGUGCUAUUUUCUUUGACUCAUUUGUAACAAAAAAAUUAAAUGUAUAAUCUGUGUUAUAUGAUAAAUCAAUUUUACUUGAAAUGAAUUGUCUUAACAUUCAUUAAAUCCUGAUUAGAGCAAAUGACUGAACCUAUAGAAAAUCUGGAUCUAUUCAUUGCUGCUAAAAAGUUAGCAGACAGUGAAAUUGAAUUAAUAAGAGUGAUUGAGAAUUCCACCAAGUAUCAAAAAACUUCUACAAGUAUGUUCACAUAUGGAAAGAAAAAAAAACCGGGAAAGUCAAAAAAUGUUCGUCCGUCAGCUGCAUUAUUAGCUGCUAAACGAGAGGCAGCAAAACAACAGUUGUUAUCAGACAAGGAACACAAUAACAGUUUUGUACGCGAUAUAUAUCAAAAAGCAAUUGAUUCAUAUAAAACAAUACGAAAGGAAACUGGUAUUGUGUUUGACCACCGCAUGGCUCAGCAUAAGUGUCUCUGGGAUCCAAACUAUCCUGAAUGUCCAGCCAGAUUGACACGAGUUAUACAGAGAUGUGAGGAAUUACAUCUGACGCAAAGAUGUCAAUAUAUAAAGCCAAGAUUUGCUACAGAGGAUGAGCUUCUAAGUAAACAUAGUCAGGAACAAAUUGAUAUUUUGAAGGCAACAGAUGGCUUUACGGAUCCUAUAAAUUUAGAAUCACUAUCCUCCAAAUAUGAUGCAAUCUUUAUCCAUCCGUCUACAUAUAAAUUAUCAUUAUUAGCUGUAGGCUCAACAAUUAAGUUGGUAGAAAAUAUCUGUAAAGGUAAAAUACAAAAUGGCAUGGCUAUUAUCAGACCACCUGGUCAUCAUGCAAUGAAAUCAGAAUACUGUGGUUACUGCUUCUUUAACAAUGUAGCUCUAGCAGCAGAGAAAGCUCUGAAUUCUAAUUGGGCAAAUAAGAUUUUAAUUGUGGAUUGGGAUGUUCAUCAUGGACAAGCAACGCAACAAAUGUUUUAUAAUGAUCCACGUGUAGUUUAUUUUUCAAUACAUCGUUAUGAAUAUGGCGAAUUCUGGCCUAACUUAAAAGAAUCUGAUUUUCAUUAUGUCGGAGAAGAUUUUGGAGAAGGCUAUAAUUUUAAUGUACCAUUAAAUAAAACUGGUAUGACUAAUGCAGAUUAUAUUGCGAUCUUCCAGCAAGUUUUAUUGCCAAUGGCUUAUGAGGUAUGUCGUAUAUAUUUACUUCUAUCAAGAGCAAUAUUCUUACAGGGUGGUUAUUGCUUGAAAUCUUUAGAAGAGAGUGUAGCAUUGACUUUAAGAACUUUGUUAGGCGAUCCAUGUCCUGUUUUACAAACACUCGACUUACCAUCCUCAAGUAUACGUGAUACUAUUCUGAAUGUAAUUUAUGCACACAAACCAUAUUGGAAGUGUUAUCAGUAUCAGGAUACAUACAGCAUUAAUAGCAUAACGCAUAAUAAGGAGGAGAUUGCUAAUCGACAUAUAGUUAUAGUCACAUACAAAGGCAAUGUGAUUAAACCAGACAAGUAUGAAACUCGAAAUUGCUAUCCUACACAAAACAAAGAAAUGUUGGUGAAAGUGGAAGAAAAAUUGGACGAAUUGAUACAUUUUACAAAGUUGCGUGAAACACGUUAUAAAGUAUCUAUUGUCUACGAUACAGAAAUGCAGAAACAUUGCAAUAUUUUUGACGAUUCUCAUCCAGAAAAACCAAGUCGUAUUUCCAGCAUUUAUGAAAAUCACGAAAAACAUGGCUUAUUUGGACGAUUGCAUUUUUUACAAGAAGAUCCAAGAGUUCUUUACAUUUCCGUUCAUCGUUACGAUAAUGGAAAUUUUUUUCCAAAUUCCAAAUUCGCUAAUUAUACAAGCGUUGGCUUAAAUGCAGGCGAGGGAUUCAACGUGAAUAUACCUUGGAAUAAGAAAGGAAUGGGAGAUGCUGAAUAUAUAGCAGCUUUCCAACAAGUUGUGAUGCCUAUAGCUUAUCAGUUUAAUCCAGAACUAGUUUUGGUUUCUGCUGGAUUUGACGCUUGUAUUGGUGAUACACUUGGAGGUUGUCUUGUAAGUCCGGAACUUUAUGGUCAUUUAACUCAUUGGCUAUCAUCCUUGGCUAGUGGUCGUGUCAUCCUUAGUCUUGAAGGAGGCUACAAUAUCAAUUCUAUUUCCCAUGCGAUGACCAUGUGUACAAAAGCUCUCCUAGGUGAUCCUUUGCCAAUGCUGGAUCCUAAUCUUGUUCCUUGUACCAGUGCGAUUAAUUCCAUUAAUAAUGUAUUGAAGACCCAUAAAAAAUUCUGGCCCAAUCUGCAAUAUGGAAUGUCUUUACCAAAGGAAAGAAUACUUCCCAAACUUAAGACAAUUCCUAGUAAACUCGAGUGCAUGGAAAAAUAUAGAUAAACCAAAAAAACAGAAUCGAAAAUCGCUUUAGAAGGAAUUGAAAGUGAGAAACUGGAGUUAAAUCUAACAAUUGAUAAAAACAGCUUAAAUCUAGUAACGGAUGAAGAGAUUUCGAAACUAACAUGUGAAGUGGAGAAUAUUAAAAUUAAAAAUUUUGAACUUCAAAAAACGAUGGAAAUCGAAGCGAUCGAGACGAGAAAAAAUCCUGGAUUGAUAAAGAGUUUAGAUGUUUCACAAAAUAUACAAAAAUGUGUAAAUGAAACGAAUCAACCAAGAGGAAGUCAGCAAGAAAAUUCUAAUAUACGCGAGGAUCGCGACGAUGAGAAUGCAACGUCUCUACAACGUGAGACACGAUCCACAACUCUUUCGGAAUAUCUCUCUGAUAAUCUUCAGGCUCUGACAGCAGGAGAAAUGUUUGCAAUCGUGCCCUUACGAGAUUGUCCACAUUUGUUUAUGGUCAAUGAUGUUCCCCAGAGUGGAAUUGAUGUAACUUUACCUUGUACGGAAUGCUCCAGCACGAUAGAGAAUUGGAUCUGUUUGCAAUGUUAUACUGUACACUGCGCUCGUAAUGUUAAUCAGCAUGCAAUGCAGCAUGCAGAUGAGAAUGAGCAUCCCAUCGCACUUAGCUUCAGUGAUAUCUCUGUUUGGUGUUAUGGUUGCGAAGCCUAUAUCGAUAACGUUCGAUUAUAUGCAGCAAGGAACGCAGUUCAUCAAAGCAAAUUUAACGAAGAACUUCCCUGGACUUACAGCGAAAAUAACAUAAAUACAUCUUAAGCAAUCAAAAA